GCACUUGGACGUUAGGUUUCACUUGUUACGCUGGUUUCACUUUUCACCUGGGGGCAAACUACCGGAGACCAUGGAGCGGAAACUGCACAGUGGGAUGCACCACGCCACCCUGCGCCUGCUGCAGGAAUCGGGAUGCGAGAUAGCCCCUCACAACCUGAUGUAUCCGGUGUUCAUCGUGGGCAACGACGACGAUGUUCAGCCGAUAGCCAGCAUGCCGGGAAUCUCGAGAUUCGGAUUGAACCGCCUGAGGGAGCACCUGCAGCCGCUGGUGGCCAAGGGCCUGUCCUCGGUGCUGCUCUUUGGCGUCGUGGAUCCCGAACUGAAGGACGAGCAGGCCUCCAAUGCGGACUCGGCCAAGAACCCGGUGGUUCUGGCUCUGCCCAAGCUGCGGGAAUGGUUCCCGGAUCUCCUCAUCGCCUGCGAUGUGUGCAUCUGUCCGUACUCCUCGCACGGCCACUGUGGCCUCCUGGGCGAGACGGGUCUGGAGAACGGGCCCAGCAUCAAGAGGAUCGCGGAGAUUGCCGUGGCCUAUGCCCGGGCUGGUGCCCACAUAGUGGCUCCCUCGGACAUGAUGGACAACCGGGUGAGGGCCAUCAAGCAAGCCCUGAUCGAUGCCCAGAUGAACAGUGUCUCGCUGCUGGCCUAUUCUGCCAAGUUCACGUCCAACUUCUACGGACCCUUCCGGGAGGCGGCCCAAUCCGCACCGAAGUUCGGGGACCGCCGGUGCUACCAGCUGCCCAGUGGCUCCAGGAGCCUGGCCAUGAGAGCCAUCCAGCGCGACGUGGCUGAGGGAGCCGACAUGCUGAUGGUCAAGCCGGGCAUGCCCUAUCUGGACAUCCUGCGAUCCACCAAGGACUCCUAUCCCUACCACACGCUGUACGUCUACCAGGUGUCCGGGGAGUACGCCAUGCUGUACCAUGCCGCCAAGGCCGGAGCCUUUGACCUCCAGGAGGCCGUGCUGGAGGCCAUGAAGGGAUUCCGACGGGCGGGAGCCGAUUGCAUCAUCACCUACUUCACGCCCUUCCUGCUGGACAUUAUCGGAAGGGUCAAGUAAUCAAGACUACCUCAAAGGCGAAACCUACGAUGUCUCAACACCAUUUUCAUGUAGAUUAGAGUGGACUUCUUGAAGCUGUAGCUCAACAGCGAUAACUUUUUAACAUAGGUAAUAGUGCAAUGUUUAAAAAUAUAGUUUAAAGUAGCUGUUUAAUAAUUAAAGGGGCACAACUUAAUGGAUUUCUAUAAUUUCAAAAUACUUUAAGGCUUUUUUAUGAGCGAUAAAUCCUUUAGUUGUCUUGUAAUCAAUACUUUUAUAUUACCUUCAAUUUUACACGCCACAGAGGUCCACUCUUAUCUUCAAUCACCAUUACUAGUGCUUUUAGUUAGAGUGCCUCGCUCCAUGUUGCGAAAAUACACACACACACAAACUA